AUGGCGUGUUUAAGUUCGAGUAGGCUCUGUGCUCGUGUUCAGGAUAAGUUUAUGUGUCAAUUCGGGCAUAAAGUUCGAAGGCAGACUGUAUUUGUGAAACUGAAACCUCCUGGACCAACACCUUUGCGAAUAUUUGGAAAGACAUGUCAGCGUGUGACCACAUGUGGACCGUCAUGCGGCUCCGCCGGGCUCGUGUCCUCGGGAACGAUGCGUCGCCUCGCCUCCAGCAUGCAGAGCACAAGCACUGGCUCCCUGCCCGACUACGGCGCACAGAUCGUUGACCCCUACCGCCUCCUCGAAGACGACCUCAACGGCAUAUACGAAGAUAUACGAGCGGAGUUGGAGAGAAACACAAAUCAGCCAGAAUUGAAUACCAUAGCUACAUAUUACUUCGAUGGCCAAGGAAAAGCUCUCAGGCCGAUGGUCGCCAUACUUAUGGCGAAAGCUGUCAACUACCACGUUUACGGUGAAAACAGUGCACUGCUGCCAUCUCAGCGGCAGGUAGCGAUGAUCAGCGAGAUGAUCCACUCAGCCUCACUCAUCCACGAUGACGUCAUCGACCAGAGCGACUUCCGCCGCGGUAAACCCUCCGUCAACGUGCUCUGGAAUCACAAGAAGGUUGCAAUGGCCGGCGACUUCAUCCUCGCGGUGGCUUCGAUGAUGAUAGCUCGUCUGCGCAGUGAUGAAGUCACUCUAGUGCUCAGUCAGGUGGUAACAGAUUUAGUGCAAGGAGAAUUUAUGCAGCUUGGCAGUAAAGAAACAGAAAAUGAGAGAUUCGCACACUACCUCACAAAGACUUACAGGAAGACCGCGUCACUUAUUGCCAACUCAGUUAAAGCGGUGGCGCUACUAAGCGGCGCGGACGAAAGCACGUGUGAACUAGCAUUCCAGUACGGACGCAAUGUGGGUCUAUCGUUCCAACUGGUUGAUGAUUUGUUGGACUUCGUGUCUUCAGCACAAGCCAUGGGCAAACCGACUGCUACUGACCUCAAACUGGGCCUCGCCACUGCACCAGUUCUUUUCGCAUGUGAAAAGUACCCCGAACUGAAUCCGAUGAUAAUGAGGCGGUUUCAAGAAGCCGGUGACGUCGAAAAGGCCUUCGAACUGGUGCACAAAUCUCGUGGGCUAGAACAAACGCGUUUCCUCGCCAGAAAGCACGGCUUGGAAGCCGCCCGACUCGCCUCAGAACUAGCCGACUCGCCCUACCAGAAAGGCCUAGUCGUCACCACCGACCUCGUACUCAAUAGGAUCAAAUAG